UCUGAUCUUUCUCUGUGCCGAAUAGGUCUGAGAGAGAGAGAGAGAGAGAAGAAGAAGAAGGCAAGUUUUGUACGGAAUACGAAAGCUUUUGAGAAGCCAUGGAUACUAACGCUGAGUUCGAUAGGUUGCUAUUGUUCGAACAAAUUCGUAAAGACGCAGAAGAGACCUACAAGCUUAACCCUUCAGAUGCCGAUAACUUAACGAGAUGGGGAGGAGCUUUACUGGAGUUGGCUCAGUUUCACAGUAUCUCAGAUUCAAAGCAAAUGCUUCAAGAGGCCAUCACAAAGUUUGAAGAGGCUUUGUCGAUUGAUCCAAAGAAAGAUGAAGCGGUUUGGUGUAUCGGGAAUGCAUACACUUCGUUCGCGUUUUUGACUCCUGAUGAGACUGAAGCUAAACAAAAUUUUGACUUAGCUGCUCAUUUCUUUCAACAAGCUGUGGAUGAGCAACCAGAUAAUCCACACUACCUAAAAUCACUUGAAAUGACGACCAAGGCUCCACAACUGCACGCAGAGGUUCACAAACAUGGCUUAGGCUCACAGCCAAUGGGUGCUGUUGAACCUGCUGCAGCGUCUAGCUCAUCAAAGGUAGUGAAGAAUAAGAAAAACAGUGAUGCAAAGUAUGAUAUGAUGGGAUGGGUUAUUCUAGCCAUUGGUGUUGUUGCUUGGGUCGGUUUCGCAAAAGCUAAUGCGCCUGUGUCUCCUCCUCGUUAAGUAGACGCAAUAGGAGUUUUUUGCUGGAGUUUUCAGUUUUCAAGGUUUUGACAGUUAGUCUUGUGUGAAAUUUUUUAGACACACCCCACCUGAAGCAGAGUCGCAGUUGUAAUGCUUAUUAUUCCAACUUAUAAAAACUUAUUAUUAUUAAAAUAAAAUAAAAUGUCUUUUGAAAUGA